CGUCUGAUUGGCUGAGCCCUCUUGUCUCCACCCUCUUCUGAUGACCGCGGAGGAAUCUGAUUGGCCGAGAGGUCGUUUCCAGCCGUUAGACGUCCCAUCGGGGGGCGUAUCCGCGAGCGAGGCUGCUGGAUGGAUGCACCGCAGUAAUCUGAGCAGUCCCGUCAACACCUCCGUGCUAAACACCGGAAAGCAACAAUGAGGCCCAACAGUCAAGGACUCAAACACAAAUCCUCACAUGACACAGAGAGGGAGUUCGGAGGAACCCUGGGUGCCAUAUGCAUCCCUGUUUUUCUUCCGUUGACGGUGCUGUUCCUGAUAUCUGUGAGUCGAUGCCCUGAGGCCAGUGUGCUCAAGUGGCCCCCUUCCCUCCCCUCCACUGACCAUCUGUGGGACCCUCUGGCCCUCGUGGUUCUGCUGGGCUGGAUCUCUCUGCAUGCCCUCCUCUAUUUGAUGCCAUUAGGAAAGGUGUCUGAAGGAUUAGUGCUGAGGGAUGGAACGCGUCUCAAGUAUCCCAUAAAUGGUUUUCACAGCCUGUGCAUCAGUGGUGUGUUGCUGCUGCUGUUAGUGGGGCUCGGGGCUCCUCUGGGGUAUCUGUUUGAGCUGCUGGUGCCUCUGGCAGUGUGUGCAAUAGCAGUGUCAUUCCUGUUCUCCGUCUACCUCUACAUCCGCUCUUUCUGGGCUCCUUCUCAUGCACUUGCUUUGGGGGGCAACACAGGGAACCCACUCUAUGACUUCUUCAUCGGGCGGGAGCUAAACCCACGGAUCGGAAACUUCGACCUUAAAUAUUUCUGUGAGCUCAGACCGGGUCUGAUUGGCUGGGUGGUCAUAAACCUCGGCAUGCUGAUGAAGGAGGUGGAGCUUCGUGGUUCCCCCUCACUCGCCAUGAUACUGGUCAACUGUUUCCAGCUGCUGUACGUGGCAGAUGCUCUGUGGAACGAGGAGGCCGUACUGACGACUAUGGACAUUGUGCAUGAUGGUUUUGGCUUCAUGCUGGUCUUUGGGGAUCUGGCCUGGGUCCCCUUCACAUACAGCCUGCAGGCUGCCUUCCUGGUUGUGCACCCACAGGCACUAAGUUUCCUCGGAGCCGCCGCUAUAAUUGCACUCAAUGGUGUUGGAUAUUAUAUUUUCAGAAAAUCCAACUCACAGAAGAACCAGUUCAGACGAGACCCUUCACAUCCAAGUGUUGCAAGACUUGAGACCAUUGCCACAGCAACGGGGAAGAGGCUGCUGGUCUCUGGCUGGUGGGGUCUCGUUCGUCAUCCCAAUUACCUCGGUGACCUCCUCAUGGCCCUGGCGUGGUCCCUGCCAUGUGGAUUCUCACAUCUUCUGCCUUACUUCUACGUCAUAUAUUUCACCAUCUUGCUGAUUCACCGAGAGGACCGCGACGAGAGACAGUGCCGGGCCAAAUACGGACUAGCGUGGGACACCUACUGCCGACGUGUCCCCUACAGGAUCUUCCCUUACGUAUACUGAAGGGGUGAAACAGACGGUUUUAUAUACGGGACCAAAACUGUCACACAGUAUCCUCCUGACUCUCCACACAUACUCAGCAAUAAUGGAAAUCCUUUUUCAGUCGCACAAGUAAUAUCUGGUGCUCAUUUGCAGGAAGCUCACGAUUAAAUCAGUCUUCAAUGUUUUAGAAGCUGUAAGGAAUCUGAUGUAAGUGGAGUCAGUCUGUAUUACAUGUGUCUUCUGUUUCCUUGUUUGUAAAGCUGAAACAUUCCAGUACAAGAGGCAAAAAACAUCUUAUUUUACUGGGAAAGUACUUGAUUAGUGGUUUAAUUGAUUUGCUGAUUGAAAGGAAAUAAGUUGCUAACUAUUUCAACAGUAAAUUGAUUGUUUCAGUCAUUGAAAGUCAAAUAUUUGCUGGUUACAGCUUCUUAAGAAUUAUCUGCUUUUAUUUGUCAUUUAUGACAGUAGAUGAUGAGUCUUUCAGUCUUUCUGUCACAUCUGGCUCUGGGAAAUUGUGAUUUUUAGCACUGUCACAAUUUUUAUCACAACUUUUUAUAGGCUAUAAGAUUAAUCACGAAGAUAAUUGUCAGAUUGAUCAAUAAUGAAAGUAAUCUUCAAUUUGCAGCUCUAUUACACACCAGUGCCUUUUUUUUCAUUAAGUGACUGACUCACAGCAUUUUUACCAUGUUUGUGUUUUUACAAUGUCUCCUGUUUAUUGUUUUUUUUUUAAAUGUGUCAUUAUCUGGUAAAUACAUUUGAAAUAAAAAACAAAACAGACA